ACUGACAAAGCUAAGAAGGAGUAGAAGCCUGAGGUGAUUCCUUCUAGCAUGUGAAGUGAAGUUUAGGCAAGUUUCAUAUGAAUUCAAGCAUAUCUAUUUGUGUACAGACAGUCUCUACUUGUGUGCCGACGGGUGCUAACAGGCAGCGUUUCGUUUGUGGGAAAGUAACAAAACAACACAAUGGACGCUUAACCCCAGGAAGGAAAGGGAACUUGACUGGAAGUGCAAGAAAACUGAAGGACAAUGCUGCAGAUUGGCACAACUUCAUUUUGAAAUGGGAGCGGCUGAAUGAUGAAGGAUCUGCAACUGCAACCAAAAUAGUCAACCUGGUAUUAAGUAAAGAGCCAAUGAAGGAGAUGAAUCUUUUAGCUGGGGCAGACACUGACCAGUCAGUCACACCCCCUGUUGGGGCAGACACACUGAAGUCUGUUAAAGACCUUGAAGAAGAGUGUACCAAAUUGCAGGAGAUUGUGGAAAAAAUGGCUCAUAUUGUCUCAAAAAUUGAAAAAAUAGUGUCAUCAGAGAAGGGCAUCUGUGACCUGGAGACAUUUCAGUUUGGAGCCAAAGGAAGAGACUGUCCACUCUUCCUUACAUGGCCCACAUCCGAGUUUGUGGAUGUGUCCACCAGGUUGUGUAAAUGCUACAGGCAGGAGCUGGCACUGAAGCAGCUCAUCCUCCGGGAGCUGGCCCACACCUCUGACCCGCAGCUGUCCAUGGUCUACCUCUCCUCCUGGCUGUACCAGCCGUACUUAGAUGACCAGACCAAACUGCUCCUGGAGAGCUUGCUGCUAGAGACAGGACACAGGACGCUGUAAAUCGCCCCAUGUGCUCCUUGGGGCGUGUCCAUUGUUCACAAGGCACAGGGUUUUGAAAAACAUUCACUACACUUCGGUUACUGUAUUAACUGAAAUUUGGAUUACUGGACACGAAGAUCUGUUCUAAAUCUGCCAGCCUACGCACAUAGUUAGCACCUAUGGCAGAAUUCUACCUUUGGUACAGUCUUAAAUGUCCAGGUAUCUAUUGCUCGGGAAUACACUGGCCUUUCUUGUGAUUUCCAAGUCCUGCCACAAGGUUUCAGCAAAAGAUUGCACCUUCAAAUGGAAGAAGGUGAGAUGCUGGAUAAGUCAAUCGAUGUGGACAGUGAGACACUUGGGAAGGUCUGAAUGACCCCGCAUCAACAAUUUGGCUGUCUAAACUGGAGUGGUGUCUGGUGUGAACUGUUAUGAAAAGGACUGCCUCACUAAGGAAGGAGCAUUAUUGCUUUGAUAAUAAGCCUUUUCUGGAGUAGAAGUACUUGCUGUAAAUGGUUAAAGUGUGGAAACAUUUAACAACGCCACUGAGUUUUAGGAGAUGUAAUUUAAUUCUCCCCUUUACAUAUGUCCCUCUUGAUAUUUCAAACAUAUGACUGAAAGAAAAACACGGUACAGUGGAAUAUUUAUAUUAAAAAAGUAAUAAAAUAGUGCAACAACUUCAAA